GGGAUUACGUGUGACGUGAAGUCUAAAGAUUACCAAAAGAUUUUUCUGUGGGUAGGGAUUUGGAGACCACUGUCAGUGCCAGUUUACAAAUGCAAAUAUGCAAUGGUCGUCAAUGAGGCUCCUGUGUCGGACCAAGAUCGGAGGACUUUCAGGUUCAGGGCACCGUUCACCCGCGUCAUUUCCUUUUUCCGUUGUAAGGCAUUCGGCAGGCAGGAGGCCACGGGACCAUAACCACGGGCUGCUCCCCUCCCGCGAAAACAACAGCAGAUUGUGCCUAGCCUCCUCCUCUCAAUUGUCCUCACUCAGUAGCUUUUCCUUGUUCUUUCUCUCGUUUGUUUGUGGGUGUGCACGGCAACUUUCCAUGUUCCGACAAUCUUCAUGUUUUUAUUUUCCCAUGUAGGGUUUUCUCCGACCUUAAAGAUCAUUUUUUUCCCGUUGAAAACACAAAUGGCGCUUCAUGGGAACCGAAAAUCCCAAGGGUAGAAGAUUUCUUCAUUAUUAUUGGGUGGGGUAUUUGGACUCAAAUGCGGUAAUUAGAGACGCAGGGUGCGACCGAUUGUGGGGGCAAGCACUUAGAUAAGGAAAAUGGAAGAUGAAAGGAGUGUAGCUGUUAUGCCUGUGCAGCUUGCAAUUCAAAGAGAAUUAGCAUAUCGGAGGAAGUUGGGGGUGCUGGGGCUGCAACCACUGGGUGGAUCUUGGCAUGAUCUUACACCUUUACAAGUGCCAUCUUCAAUUGAGAGUCCAAGACAAGAACCAAGUGUGAGUCCAAGCCUGAGUGUGCUAGGAAUAAAGCGAAAGGCACCAGAUAGCAGGCUGCAAUUCCAGCCACCUCAGCAGCAGAAACCAAUUGGUAGUUGUCACUCAUCUGUAAAAAAGAUGGAUAACCUUUUCUGUAAGAUCUGCCAAGUGCCGUGCUCUUCUAACAUUUGUCUUGAGCAGCACUUAAGAGGUCAAAAGCACAGUGCUAGGUUACUAAAGUUGAAAUCUGGUAAAAAAAAUGGUGAAGAGAAAGGAAACCAGCAACGAGAGUGUAAAUUGUGUGAAAUUCCGGGCAUGGAUGAAAAUGCAUUUAAGCUACAUUUAUCAGGUCAAAAGCACAAGGCUAGACUGCAAGCUGUACAACUUGGCAGGAAAGAUGGUGAGAAGAAAGCAAACCAGAAACCAUGGUGUGAACUCUGUGGAAUUCUGUGCAUGGAUGAAAAUGCAUUCAAGCUACAUGUAGCAGGCCAAAAGCACAAAGCUAGACUGGAAACUGUACAACUAGGUAGAGAAUAUGGUGAAGAGAGGGUAAACCAGCGGCUUUGGUGUGAAAUCUGUAGGCUCUGGUGCAUUGAUGAAAAAUCAUUCAAGCUGCACCUUGAAGGUAAAAGGCAUAUCCUUCAGCUCCAAGCUGUUGAGGAGAAAAAUAAAGCUAGAGAGGCAGGGGACCAAGUGGCAGGGCUGGAAUGGGAAGAAUUGGAGUGACAUGGUCUCAUCUAGUGACUGGAAGAUAUUCAAAAUUCUCUGAUUGAUUCAUGAAUUGUUUGGCCACUAUUUAUUCUUCCAGGCUUGCAAAUAUUGCUGUGGGAGGGGAUGACUGAGGUCUUCAGAACAAUUGCUCAAUUAAGAGUUGGUUGGGAGGAAGAACAGGUCACGAGAUGAAUUCUUCCUUGCCUAGGGACCCUUCAAGGCUUCAAUGAAUGAGCACUUAGUUUGAACCCCAAAAAAAAGGAGGGAAUGGGAGUGCUUUUUCCUUCCAAAACAAAAAUUUCAUUUCAUUUUUCAGCUUUUUAACAUUUGGAGAAACAACUUAUUGAUUUUCUCUUUUUAUAUACAAAUAACGAAUUUGCAAAAGAAAGGCGGUGAAAAACAGAAAAUGGAAAAUGAAAGACUCCAUCUUUUCCACAA